CAGAUUUCGUGCGACGCAGACGCUAGCGAACCCAGUCGGCCAUGUGCAAAAGAAGACCAGCCGGUGAUGUCUCGAAAACGAUUUUGAAAUAUUCUCAAAUUAUUUGGAAAAAAUAAUACCAUCGAAGAAAAAGAUAGGUAAGGAGUCAAGAUGCAUUUAUACAACUUGACCCUUCAAAGGGCCACAGCUAUUACGCACUCCGUACAUGGAAACUUUUCUGGAACAAAAACGCAAGAAAUUGUGAUAUCAAGGGGUAAAAGUUUAGAAUUACUUAGACCAGAUCCCAACACAGGCAAAGUUCACACACUUCUCACUCUAGAAAUAUUUGGGAUUAUUAGAUCGUUAAUGUCAUUCAGACUCACUGGGGGUACCAAAGAUUAUGUAGUAAUAGGUUCAGAUUCAGGCAGAAUAGUUAUUUUGGAGUAUAUUCCAGCCAAAAACAAUUUUGACAAGAUUCACCAAGAAACUUUUGGUAAAUCUGGGGGUAGGCGUAUUGUGCCAGGGCAGUAUUUAGCUACUGAUCCCAGAGGCAGGGCUGUUAUGAUUGGAGCCAUAGAGAAACAGAAAUUGGCAUAUAUUUUGAACAGAGAUACCCAGGCUAGGUUGACCAUCUCAUCACCAUUAGAAGCCCACAAAAGCAAUACCCUCGUAUAUCACAUGGUAGGUGUUGAUGUAGGUUUUGACAAUCCAAUAUUUGCCUGCCUUGAAAUUGAUUAUGAAGAGGCUGAUUGUGACCCAACAGGCGAAGCAGCACAAAAAACACAACAAACUUUAACAUUCUAUGAGCUAGAUCUUGCAAAUAACCAUGUUGUAAGGAAAUACUCUGAACCACUGGAAGAACACGCCAAUUUCUUGGUUACAGUACCAGGGGGUGAUGAUGGUCCUUCAGGUGUUUUAAUUUGCUCUGAAAAUUACCUAACAUACAAAAAUUUGGGUGACCAACAUGACAUUCGUUGCCCAAUUCCCAGAAGAAGGAAUGAUUUAGAUGACCCUGAACGAGGCAUGAUUUUUGUAUGUUCAGCCACACACAAAACUAAGUCGAUGUUCUUUUUCCUUGCACAAACUGAACAAGGAGAUAUUUUCAAAAUUACAUUGGAAACUGAUGAGGACAUGGUCACUGAAAUCAAAUUAAAAUAUUUUGAUACAGUACCAGUUGCUACAGCCAUGUGUGUGCUUAAAACUGGGUUCCUGUUUGUUGCCUCAGAGUUUGGAAACCACUAUCUCUACCAAAUCGCUCAUCUUGGAGACGACGACGACGAACUAGAGUUUAGUUCAGCGAUGCCGCUGGAAGAGGGCGACACUUUCUUUUUCGCCCCGCGCCCGCUUAGAAAUCUAGUGCUCGUCGACGAAAUGGAAUCCCUAUCGCCGAUUCUUUCGUCGCGCGUGGCCGAUUUGGCUGGGGAAGACACCCCGCAACUGUACAUGCUCUGCGGUAGGGGCCCCAGGUCUUCCUUGAGAGUGCUUAGACACGGUUUGGAAGUAUCGGAGAUGGCCGUUUCGGAGCUGCCCGGUAACCCGAACGCAGUAUGGACCGUGAAACGAAGAAGUGAUGAUGACUUUGACGCGUACAUUAUCGUUUCUUUCAAAAAUGCCACACUGGUACUGUCUAUUGGUGAAACCGUUGAGGAAGUAACAGACAGUGGGUUUUUGGGUACCACUCCAACACUGUCUUGUUCAGCUCUUAAUGAUGAUGCUCUUGUUCAGGUUUACCCUGAAGGCAUCAGACACAUUUGCGCAGAUAAGCGUGUAAACGAAUGGAAAGCGGGCAAAAAGACCAUUGUUAAAUGUGCUGUGAAUCAAAGACAAGUUGUAAUUGCUCUUGCUGGUGGAGAAUUGGUUUAUUUCGAAAUGGAUACGACUGGCAAGUUGCACGAAUACAAGGAGAGAAAAAGAAUGAACUCUGACGUGGUGUGCAUGGCCUUGGCCAAUGUCCCUCAAGGAGAGCAAAGAUCGUGGUUCUUGGCCGUUGGUCUGGCCGACAGCACCGUGCGUAUUAUUUCGCUCGAUCCAAGCGACUGCUUGGCGCCGAGAUCGAUGCAGACUUUACCCGUGUGCGCAGAAUCCCUGUGCAUAGUCGAAAUGGGUUGCACGGACCGAGAUCCCGACAACGCGGCGGCCGCCAGCACCACGAGUACUUUAUAUUUGAACAUCGGUCUGCAAAACGGUGCUUUAUUGAGAACCGUUUUGGAUCCCGUAUCGGGCGAAUUAACCGACACGAGAACCAGAUAUUUAGGUUCGAGGCCGGUAAAAUUGUUCAGGAUCAGAAUGCAGCAAUCCGAAGCAGUGUUAGCCAUGAGCAGCAGGUCAUGGCUGAGUUACUACUAUCAAAGUCGUUUUUACUUGACGCCGCUUUCGUACGAGAGUCUGGAGUACGCCUCAGGGUUCUCGUCGGAGCAGUGUCCCGAAGGCAUCGUUGCCAUAUCUACAAACACUCUGAGAAUUUUGGCGUUGGAAAAACUCGGCGCCGUCUUCAACCAAGUUUCGUUCCCCUUGAAAUACACGCCGAGGAAAUUCAUUAUACACCCCGAGUCGAAUAAUAUCGUCGUUAUCGAAACCGAACACAACGCCUACACGGAGGACACGAAAAAACAAAGGCGCUUGCAAAUGGCGGAAGAAAUGAAAGAGGCCGCCGGCGAAGAGGAGCAAGAGCUGGCCAAGGAAAUGGCCGACGCUUUUCUCAACGAGGAUUUACCAGAAAGUAUUUUUUCCGCCCCGAAAGCCGGCCACGGCAUGUGGGCCUCGACCCUGCGAAUCAUGGACCCGGUUCAAGGCAUCACCCACAACUUGAUCAGUUUGGAGCAAAACGAGGCCGCGAUGGCGAUCGCUCUGGUCAAGUUCCACGGUCAACCCGAACAUCAGUGGUUUUUGAUCGUCGGCAUCGCCAAAGAUUUCGCGUUGAAUCCCAGGAUUUGCUCCACCGGCUUUUUGGAUACGUACAAAAUCGACGUUAUGGGUAGAGAGUUGAAGUUGGUCCAUAGAACUCCAGUGGAUGAAGUUCCAAUGGCACUUUGUUCCUACAACGGAAGAUUAUUGGCUGGCGUGGGAAGAAUGUUGAGGCUCUAUGAUAUGGGCAAGAAGAAAUUGUUGAGAAAAUGUGAGAAUAAGCAUAUCCCCAAUUCCAUAGUGAACAUUCAAGCAAUGGGCAAAAGAAUCUUCGUGUCUGACGUCCAAGAAUCGGUAUUCAUGGUACGUUACAAACGCGCAGAAAAUCAACUCAUAAUAUUCGCCGAUGACACCCAUCCCAGAUGGAUCACUUGCAAGAGCGUCUUGGACUACGACACGGUGGCAACAGCGGAUAAAUUCGGCAACAUAUCGAUUCUUCGAUUACCCCCCAACGUCAGCGACGACGUCGAGGAAGACCCCACGGGCCAUAAGGCGUUGUGGGACAGGGGAUUGCUGAAUGGGGCCUCGCAAAAAACCGACACCAUCGCGACAUUCCACGUGGGAGAAACUGUGACUUGGUUGCAGAAAGCCACCCUCAUUCCUGGCGGUUGGGAGUCUCUUAUUUAUACCACGCUCUCUGGUACAGUUGGCGUUUUGGUGCCCUUUACUUCGCACGAGGAUCACGAUUUCUUUCAACAUUUGGAAAUGCACAUGCGCAGCGAAAAUUCGCCGCUAUGUGGUAGAGACCAUUUGAGCUUUAGGAGCUAUUAUUACCCAGUCAAGAAUGUUAUUGAUGGUGAUUUAUGUGAACAAUACAAUUCCCUGGAACCUUCAAAACAAAAAAGUAUUGCAGCAGAUCUGGAUAGAACUCCAGCUGAAGUUUCUAAGAAGCUGGAAGACAUUAGAACUAGAUAUGCAUUUUAAGUUAUUUUAUUUUUUUGUAUUGUGAUUUAACCUUUAAUAAUAAGAUUAUAAAAGA